AUGGAAUGGGAGCAGAACACACAGCAUGCAGCGGGCCGCAAGAAGCAGAAGGUGUCACGGGCGGAGCCAGCAGCACCGCAGACGGACAGCGUUGACGCGAAGCGCCUCUGCUUUGUUUGCCUGGCUUUGCUGGACGACCUGGCAGCGUUGGAUGAAGCGGUGCUGGGUUCCACUUUGGCGUCUUCUCUGGAGGUCCUUCUUGGAGACUUUUUCGAGGUCCCGGCACUUGCGCCGGAGGAUCAGCGAUGGAUGGAGAAGCGGCUCUCUGACCGAAUCCAGCAGGUGGAAAGCAGCUUGUCGGGAGGCACGGUGCAGGCCCUUGCAGAGCAAGUGAAGCAGGUCUCGGCACGACUGGAUCAGCUGCAGGGCUCCUCCCCGGGAUCCGAGUCGCCUGAGGAGGAGGAGUCGCAGGAUGAGGCCCUGGCCCGCAUGGCCAACGUGUCAAGCGAGGUGCCUGGCGAGGUUGCUGCGGGGUCCGGCCACUUGCAUUCGCUGGUGCUGCACAAAGAGUCCAAGAUGUCUAGCGCCGUCAAGAAGAGCAUCGCCGAGGUGCUGAGAGAGCACCACAAGUCCAACGGCGGAGAUUGCAGAAGGAACAAGGAGCGGACCUGCAGAGGCUUUGUGAGCCAAGGCUUGCAGGACGUCUUCCUCUACACAGUCUUGUGGAGGCAUCUGUCGAGGCCGGGGGUGUACUUGGACCUGGCAGCCCAUGACUACCGCUACAUCAGCAACACCUACUUCGCUGAUCACUGCCUGAAGUUUGACGGCGUCUGUGUUGAGCCGAACAGUGAGUAUCACAACGAGUUGAUCACGAAGCGCCGUUGCGCUGUCGUGAAGACUUGCGUCGCUGAGACAAAGAAGGAUGUCACCUUCAUUCUCCAGGGGCCCUUUGGAGGCAUCGAGAGUGAGAGGAAGUUCAUGAAGAAGACGGCCGGGGGUGGCAAGAGGACGACUCUGACGUGUCAGACACUGUCGGACAUCUUUCGGCAGUAUCAGAUGACCCACGUCGACUUCAUGAGCUUGGACGUCGAAGGCGCCGAGCUUGCUUGCCUUCAGGGCAUCGACUGGAAUGCUGUGUCCAUUGACACCAUCCUGGUGGAACAGAACGACAACAGCUUCGCGAAUGUGGCGUCCCUCCUGACGUCUCGCGGCUACGUCAACGCCACGCAGCUGCACAGGGACGUCUUCUUCGUGCACACAUCGGCCAAGGGCCUCCUUGAGAAAGUGGAGGCCUGGAACCGGGACGUGUGCCCGCGAAUCAACGAAGCGCUGCGGCCGGGCAUCCCCCGAUUCUAUGCGUGCCAGUGA